UAUGGCAUGUGUGUGUCGUGUCAUGUUGGAAACACCAGAGUACAGGUGUCGCUUCACCAACACGGACACCAUGCUGUUCUGCAUGAGAGUGAUGGUGGGGGUCAUCAUCCUGUACGAUCACGUCCAUCCAGUCGGCGCCUUCGCCAAGACCUCCAAGAUUGAUAUGAAGGGCUGUAUCAAGGUGUUGAAAGAGCAGCCUUCAAAUAGCGUGGAGGGCCUGCUUAACGCUCUAAGGUAUACAACGCGACACUUAAAUGAUGAUAGCACCUCAAAACAAAUCCGAGCUCUGCUGCAAUGAGACAGGCCAGCAGUCGAGAGGAGAGAAACGCAGCAAAACAGACACUGACUGCUCCUGCUCCGUGUUUGGGUGAAACCAACCUCAGAAAACUGUUUGUUUACAAUUGUGAAAACUUAAAACCCAUCUCAAAACUAAUGGGCCAGGGGGAAAACUGAAGGGGAAAAUAUAAUGUAUAAAGUCCAGUGUUUUAUCAUCAACAUGCCUCUCAUUUUGUACAACAAGUGACGAGGAGAAGGAAUGUAGAAAUAUUUUAAUCUCUGAAAGCAGAAACAAGGAUUUAAAAGGAUUCAAAAAAAAUAAUUUUCUAUAUUAGUCAGAUGCCACUGGCUAGGAGUAAAGAUUUAAAGAAAGAAAAUCCACCCCACUAUUGCACUUCCCGUCUUGCCAUCUCUAUCUCC